UGAGGAAGAAAGUAAACAAACUUCUCCGGCCAGUUUAUCGCUAACAUGGCAGUUCCCUUCUCCAACACCCACCUGCGGGUCCCUCGGGGAUUCGGUUCGAUCCUGGAAGGACUAGUCCGAGAAAUCUUACGAGACCAGCCUGAAGACAUCUCUCAAUAUGCUGCUCACUACUUCAAGGCUCUGCUCGAGCAAAGAGAAGAGAGUGGGAUGGACCCGGCUGAGUGGGCUGCUAAACUGGAGGACAGGUUUUACAACAACCACGCGUUCAAGGCUUCUGAGGCAAAUCCUGAGAAAGAGCCUCCACCAGAGAUCACAAGUCCAAGUGAGUCUCAUCUUAUUUGCUACCAACAGCCAGGAGGAUCAACAGGAGAGGGAGAUCAUGAGGGAAAGCAUAGCGACACGUAG